GAACCCACUGCCAAGUUGUCAUGUUUGUCGAAAGUAUCACCAUCGCAUACGACACGCGUCUAGAAAAGUAAAGUUGUGAUUCCAUUUAAACUUUACCAGGUUUUUACGUUUUUCCGCAGUGAACAGUGCAAGCAGUACCGAAUUGUGUCAUGGCCAAGAACGAGGCUCGGGAAACGACCAUACGGCAGUUGUACACGGAGUUGAAUAAGCAAGGAUCCAAUGGAGAGUACGAGAAGGCCCUCAAGUCGUCCAACAAAAUUCUCGCUUUGGAGCAAGGUGAGCACAAAGCUUUGCAAUGCAAGCUGGUUUGCUUGAUUCAGCUGUCCAAGUUCGAAGAGGUGCUCAAGUUUCUCGAUCGUACGCAAACAACGUAUGAUUGUACAUUUGAGCGAGCCUACAGUGAGUAUAGAUUGAAUCUGCCAGAGGCUGCUUACAAAACGAUACAGAAUAGUGGUAUCAAAACACUACCACCAAAUUUGAAGGAACUGAUGGCACAGAUUCUUUAUCGACUGGAAAAGUACGAUGAAUGCUACGAACUGUACAAAGAUAUCAUUAAAAAUACCAGUGAUGAUUAUGACGAUGAGCGCACCACCAAUUUGAGUGCCGUGGUCGCCAACCUCUGUGUGGAAGGGUCCAAGAAAGAGAUUCCGGUUUUGCGCGAGGACACGUACGAGCUUACGUAUAAUGCAGCCUGUGCCCUAGCUGGCAAGCAACAAUUUCCUGAAGCGGAAAGAAAGCUCCGCGCUAGUGAGAAGUUGUGUCGGGAGUUCUUGGAAGAAGACGGCGCCACAGAAGAGGACAUAAUGGAUGAACUGGCGAUUAUUAAGGUACAGCUUGCUUAUUGUCUGCAGAUGCAGGGUAAACCAAAAGAAGCUUCCGCAAUCUACACCGAUGCGUUGAAGCACAAGACCAAUGACCACGCUUUGACAGCGGUAGCCAGUAACAACUUGGUGGUCAUCAACAAAGAUCAGAACAUGUUUGAUUCGAAAAAGAAAAUGAAAGCCGCAACAUCUGACCAGGCUGAACAUAAAUUGACUUCCAAGCAAAAGAAGCUGAUUGCAUUCAACAAUUGUUUGUUAGCGUUUUUCACCAACCAAUCGGAUUGUCAUAUGCUAGCCAGUCGUUUGGGCAAUGCGCAUCCAGAUUUAGAAUUCCAAUCUUUGUUAAUCCGCGUCAGUCAGUUAGCAAGAGAUAAGAAAUUUAAGGACGCUAUCGAGUUGUUGGAAAACUUUUCCAAAAAGCAACCGAAACAGGAGCUGGAAGUUAAGUUUGCUAUUGUUCAAUUGAAUUUAUUGGGUGGUAAUAGAAAAGCAGCUGUGGAUGUUUUAGAAGCUCUUGGAGAAGCCAAGUAUCGCCCGGGAGUAGUAUCCGCUUUAGUUACUCUUUAUCUAGGUCUGGAUAAUAAAAACUCAGCUUCCACUAUCUUGAAAAAUGCCGUCGAGUGGUACAAAAAGAACAAGUCAACCGCAGGCGGUGACCUCACUGACAUGUGGCGUCAAGCUGCUAGCUUCCAUCUCCGAGGAGGUGAAUCCGAAACCGCUGCCAAGAGCUUGGAGGAACUUCUGAGAACUAAUCCUUCCGAUAUGAAGAUUCUUGCACAAUUGGUAAUCGCGUACGCUCAGUUUAAUCCGAAAAAGGCACAGGAAGCCAGCAAAAAACUUCCUGCGUUAGAAAGCCUCACCACUGCCUCGGAAAUCGAUGCUUUGGAAGCAACUAACUGGAUGAUGAUUGCUAAGGCUGUCAAAAAGAAGAUGCCUGCUUCAGGCAAAACGGAUCAAUCGCCUGGAACACCGAGCAGUGAAAUUGCCAAGCAAAAGAAGAAAACCGUUCGCAAACGUAAAGGAAAACUGCCGAAGAACUACGAUGCUAGUGCGGUUCCGGACCCGGAACGGUGGCUGCCACGCUACGAACGCUCCGGUUAUCGCAAGAAACGCGACCGCCGCGUGAAGGAAAUUAUCAAGGGUAGCCAAGGAACGGCCUCCGGACAGGCUGAUCAAUACGAUAUGAGCAAGUCCUACAAUCAGACUAAACAGUCACCGGCCACACCGGCUGCACAUGAAAUGCCUGCUACAGGACCGGCUCCCAGGCAGCUACCAAGAAAGAGUCAGCACAAGAAGAAGAAGGGAAAACAUUAAGCUGACGUACAUUUAUGAACCGAUUUUGCAAACAUUUACGCGAUCACGAAGAGCAAUUCAUCUUCGGUGAGUAUGUUUCAGUUGCAUGUGGAAUAAAAUUUGCAUCUUA